UAAAGCUCCUCAUCUCCUUAAGUGUCCCCACCUUCCCCCCUAAUACAACCUCAACUAUUCACACCAGUCCAUAAGAAAGAGAAUUGAACAUGACCAGUCAACAUAUACAGAAAAUUUUGCAUGCUAUCAUUUUUCUCCAGCAAUAUAAUUAACAUACAAUAACAAAUUAACAAUGACAAUGCCAUCAUUUUCUCUAGUUUUUUCUCUCUCUUUUAGACUUUAUAUAUACCUGACCUUCACCCCUGUCUUUGCUUUACUCAGAGUCUCAGACUUAAAACAAACAAAAAAGAGCCUCACUUUUUCUCCUCAUUUUCUUUCUCUCUCUUUAUUUCAGAGAAUCCUAUUCAAGUCCUGUGCUAUAAUAUAUUUCUUUCUUCUUCAAUGGCAGCUUUUCAGCAGUUUCCAACUUCUUUUUUGGUUGACUCUGUUUUUAAUUAUGUGCCAGCCAUUAAAACACCUGAAAUUCUUGAUGAAUUCUUCCCUAAUUUAAAUAAUUUUUACCAAUCAAAUGAAAAUUCUCAGAAAUCUCUGAUUAUUCAUAAUCGAGAGGUUUCCUCCAUUGAAAGCAGCUGUCUUGAACAGCAAAGCUUAUCAAUGGCGGAUAAAGCUGAUAGUGGUGAGCAAGUGACUCAAACUUCUUUACCCAUUAAAAGAAAGAGGAAGUCUCGAAAAGGGUCUUCCCCAAAUUCUGCUAUUUCUAAGCAGCCCAGAAAAGUGAAGUGCAAGAAACAGAAGGAAGAGAAAGAAGUAACGACUGAUGAGAAAAAAGAAAAUAAUUCUAAUGAAGAGCCUCCAAAGGGUUACAUUCAUGUUAGAGCAAGGAGGGGACAAGCCACAGAUAGUCACAGCCUUGCUGAAAGGGUUAGGAGAGAGAAAAUCAGUGAGAGAAUGAAAAUGUUGCAAGCUAUUGUUCCUGGUUGUAACAAGGUCACUGGGAAGGCCCUCAUGUUGGAUGAGAUUAUCAAUUAUGUCCAGUCCUUACAAAACCAAGUUGAGUUUUUGUCAAUGAAGCUUGCUUCUCUGGACCCCAUGGUUUACAAUUUUGGAUUAAUGGAUCACAAUCCUAUGGUGUUUGGGACUCAGCAGGCCAUUAACAAUGGCAUGGCGUUACCAAUGCCAUUAAUACAACCCACUAGCAAUGGUGGCAGUAGCGUUGGACAGCCUGAAGCUUUUGCUAAUAAUCUGAACGCACUGAGCUGCUCCACCACGAGCUCGGCCACAACCCCCACCUUCCCUGGCCCUAUUGUUGAUAGCUCAGCCAAUUUAUUUCAACAGGAGCAGAAGCCAAGUUUGCUUCCUUUACAAUUACAGGAUACCGGGAGUUUAUACUGGGAUGUAAAUGAGCAGCAACGACAAAACUUUAUCAAUCAAUUUGGAUUCAGCAGCUGCACCAACUUGUAUUCUCUCCAGUGAAUAUCAUCAUUUUUACUAGUCUAAGAAGCUCUAUUAGUAGAAAACUUAGUGUCAAGCUCAUGAAGAAAUAUGUGCCAACAAUACCAAGUUAAUUAGAAGGAAGGGACAUUGUGGUCAGAGCCAAGUUGGAAAGUAGCUUAAAGAAAAGGAAAAAAUUCUCUCCUUUGUGUCAGCUCCAAUAGAUGAGAAGAAAUUCCUUUGCUGCAAAUUGGCUAUGAUUCUUGAUUUUUAACAAAUUGGGGAUAGUAGAAAGAUUGCUCAUUGUUGAAGAAGCCAAAUUCAGUGGAAGGUAGAAAAUUAGAGAGAACAUAAAGGACAGACCAUACCCAACCAAAUAAGGACCCCCCCAUAUCUUUUCAAGAUCCUUUGUUUUUGUUCCUAAUUGACAACCAAUUAUGUCACCAUUAUAGUUUUAGAAGGCCGUAGUAGUUAGGACCUUGCUACAAUUAGACAAAAAUAAAUUUUCUUUUUCUGUAUUCGUUGUACCUAGCUAUCAUUUAUAUAUAAUGAAGUGAUUACUAUUAUUCUCAUUAA